CCCCAAGAGCAUGACAGUCAACAAAGAGAGAAAAGAUUGCACUGCUUCUAGUAAUUUAAGCUCAUAAGUUUCUUUAUAAAUAAAAUUCUACAUUUAGUCUAGAACCAUAAUUUCAUCAAAACAACAGUAUUUUGUUUCACCCAGAGAACAUAUAUGGGGGAGGAGGUGAGACUAUUGGGAGUAUGGUCUAGUGUUUACUGCCACAGAAUCAUCUGGGCUCUGAAACUCAAAGGUGUCAGCUACGAAUACACGGAAGAGGAUUUAGAGAACAAGAGCAAUGAUCUUAUACGAUAUAAUCCGGUCUAUCAGAGAAUACCUGUCUUCGUUCAUAAUGGAAAGCCUAUGGCAGAAUCGAUUUUUAUUCUUGAGUAUAUCAAUGAGGUGUGGCCUCAGAAGCCCUUGCUUCCUGCUGAUCCUUAUAAGAAGGCCAUGGCACGAUUUUGGGCUAAAUUUCUAGAAGAUAAGAGCCCAACAUUUUAUUCUUACUUCCGAGCUGUCGGAGAAGAGCAAGAGAAACUAGCAAAAGAAGCUAAAGAACUACUGCAGAUAAUAGAAGAGAAAGGAUUAGGGGAGAAGAAGUUUUUUGGCGGGAAUCAAAUUGGGCUCACAGAUAUAUGCUUGGGAUGGAUUGCUUGCUGGCUUGAACUAAUGCAAGAAGCAGCAGGAAUCAAACUACUAGAAUCUGAUAGCCUCCCCCGAUUACAGUCUUGGAGCAAGAGAUUUAAGGAGGUACCAGAGAUCAAAGAGAACCUACAAGAUAAGGAUAAGAUGUUGAUCUACUUCAGAGGACUAAGACAAAAAUUCACCACAGCUCCAGCACCAUAAUUAAGGCGAUUUUUUCAUAAUAAUAAGGUCCAUUGCCGAAGAGAUGAAUCCUGUAUGUGAAAAGAUAGCAAGAGACAGAAAACUACCAUCUCAGUGCAUAAGCAAAUGGCAACUAGGUAAGCAAGAGAAAAUGAGAGACAGAAAGGACUACAGAAGAAAGCCUAAACAUCAGCUUCUUCAAUAUUUUUCAACUCAAAUAUUUAAAAUUUAUUUUUGCCAUUUAUCUGAAACAUAUGAAUAAAAUUUGCUAUGAAAGCUGAUUUUACUUCAUUAAA